CACAAGGGCUUCCCGUCCUGCUCCUACUACUUCCAGCCCCAGCUGUCAGUCAGGAGAGCAGUGGACACACCCAUCCUGCAGGCCACGCCCCUAACCCAGACCGCCUCCCCCGACAGACCUGCACUACUCAAGGUGUUUGUUCCAGAGUUCAUGUCGUCCCUCUCGGUGUCUGUGAGUGGCUGUACCUGGGGGGAGGGGCUUGUGAACGGAGACUGUUCAUUGGUCCUCACACUGGGCUCCUCUUCACCCCAGGGGGGGCUUGUGAGGGUGAACUGUUCUCUUAUUGGCUGCUCGGCCGUUCUCCUCGCUCCCCCGUGGAAUACUUGGAUACGCGUCGCCGUGGAUAGUUACCAUAGCAACCGAACCACAGCCUUCAGCAUCUCAGCCAACUACACAGUGGGUUGUAAGCCUCAGAGCGUGGGUCUGUCUGGAGACUAUUAUAUUAACAGGCUCCGUGGCAACAGCAGCACGACAACAUCACCGGGCAACAGUUCUGUGGUUGUGGAGGCAGGUCUCCAUAACAACGUGUCGUUGGAGUGUGUGCGGAGUGUUCCGGUGCUCCGUGAGGAACUAGACGUUCUGUCUGUCCGGUUCUCUCCCGUUAAUGGACCCAGCGUAACGGUGACACACACCUACCCCACGCUCCUCACCUACCCCCUAAACACACCGUCUACAGGAGGGACCCUCAACCUGGAGAUUACACUCAACGCUACUAAUGUAACAUCAGGAAACAGCAGUGUGUUGGCCUGUCUCUCUUCCUGGGUUCCUGUCCUCACACUCAACCACUCACAGCUCUGUCACACAGCGUUGUUCUCAGCGUAUGGGUUGAGUGUGAACGUCAGUGUUCCCCGGACCGUCAUCAGACUUCCCUUCCCUCAGGCUGCGACCUGGUACCUCACCUUACAAGUCUUCUGCAACAGCCUGUAUCGAGGACUGUGGGACCUAUGGAGAGUGUCGACUGUUGAGGUCAUACAGCUAUCUCUACGCUGCCUGUGUCUGCAAAGCUGGUUGGAGUGGGUGGGGCUGUACUGAUGACAUCACAGCCCAGUCGUAUAGUCGUCAGCUGACAGCAGUUCUACUGCUCACGCUCAGUAACCUCCUCUUCAUCCCCCCC